UAAGAUCCUGAGAAAGAAGGACGACUCCAUUAGCACUCAGCAAACCAACAGCCUUCCCAGGCACAAGAUGAUCAAAGCAACGUGCCAGCAGGCCGAAUUCCCAACAUCGUGCGAACAACCUGGACAGAAAUGGCGCUGUGUGGAGGAGAUCUCAGGGAAGUGGAGGUUACAGAAGUGUAAAAGUGGAUCCAAGGAUGGCUCCAGGAAGAGGACUCACAGUCUGAAGCCCCGCAGCAGCUACGACAACAGAGAGAAGGAGUGCGACUGCGAGGACUCGCUGUACAAACCGUCUAAAGCCGAUCGACGCUCCCACCGGCAGUUGUCCUCAUCGGGCCAGCGUUUCCGCCCUCGUUUCGUCCACACGCGGCCUGCCAGAUCGCUGUCCGUGGAGUUCGAGGGCCAGAUAUACGACAUCGACCUGCAAGCAGACGACCAGUCAGCCAUCCGCCGCCGCGUCAUCUCCAAACGCCACUACAAACCCGAGGAUUCCGACUUCAGCUUUGGUUCUAACGACGGCUCUGAGGAAAUGCUGGCAGAUGACACCAACACGGUGGGAUACCCCAACUCCCUGAAGGUCACCCACAAAUGUUACAUCCUGACGAAUGACAGCGUUCACUGUGAGCGGGAAAUCUACGAGUCAUCCAGAGCCUGGAAAGACCAUAAGAGCUACGUGGACCAAGAGAUCGAACAACUUCAAGGCAAAAUCAAAAACCUCAGAGAAGUCAAAGGUCAUUUGAAGAGGACACGGCCAGACGAGUGCGACUGUGGAAAGAG